GUUAAUUUCUUCUUCAACGGCGGUUGGUUUUGCUGUCUUCAUCGUCGGCCGCCCCCACCGGCGAAGAGGCGUAGUAGUUCAUUUGUGUUGUUGAUUGAUCAUUGAUCAUUCGUCCCAGCAAAUUCGAAUUUUUUUUAAUUGAUAUCAAGAGAAUGGGGAUUGUGCAAAGUGUGAUCUCAUAUCUAGGCAGCGAAAUUGAUGAAUUGGAAUCGAAAAGGCCACAGUGUGACUAUCCGAUUCACGAUUCCCGACAGACGAAACAGUAUUUGACAAUCUCUGUUCUUCCCGAUUUAAGACACUCGUCUUCGCUUGCCAGCACGAGUGUGACUGACGACGACAAGGUAAAAACAUCGGUUAUUUCGAUUAAAGAAACUUCACCGGAAACAACAGCAUCAAUGGGUUCAUCUGGUGGAGCGAAAGGGAGUGAUCGAGAAGAAGGUGAAUCGAUGAUUAAGUGUACGGUUGGGAUUAGAUGGAUUAAGCAUUACAGUAGCAGCCAUCGGAUAUUGCUUGUUGGAGAGGGAGAUUUUUCGUUUUCCACUUGUUUAGCAGCUGCGUUUGGUUGGGCUUCGAACAUGAUUGCCACAUCUCUCGAUUCUCAAGUUUUCUUGGUGAAGAAUUAUCAGAAUGCGGUACGAAACAUCGUGGAGUUGAGCAUUAGGAAGUGCAAGGUGAUGCACGAGAUUGACGCCACUAAAAUGGCGAACCACCCCUUUCUUGGAGGAAUCAAAUUUGACCGUAUAAUAUUCAAUUUCCCGUUCGCCGGAUUUUUCAAGAACUUGCCACGCGAUUCCCAGCUAAAACGUCACAGAAAGCUUGUGGGCAUGUUUUUGAAGAACGCAAAGGAAAUGAUAAGUGAAAACGGCGAGAUUCAUGUAUCGCACAAAACGAACGACUUUCAUACGGAUUGGAAUCUGAAAUCACUUGGUGCUGCACACAGGCUCGAGUUGAUUGAGGCUGUCGAUUUUAACGGUGUCGAUUAUCCAGGGUACAACACCAAGUGUGGAUUUGGAGGUGACAAUAACUUCAAUUGUUACCCCAGCAAGACUUACAAAUUUGGUGUCAAGUGUUGAAAUAUUGCCAUCACAAAUUGAGCUAACAAUCAAUAUGUAUAUAUAAAUAUUUCCUUGUUCUUAUGUAAGUACUCUGUAUUUAAUGUGUGUUUGCAUUUAUGUAUGUGUUAAAAAUGGU